AUGGCGUGGGGACCUGGUUCCGGACCAGUCGAUUAUGGAGUGGCCGUGGCGGGAAAGGCAACAUUUGAGGUUCUAGCCCUGGAAGAAUAUGCUCAAAUUGAAGUUAAAUACAGCGAAGCGUAUAAUGGCUUGGAAAAUCCCCAAGGAGAUGGACCAUUUGCGUUCGCAAACGCAUUGGCAGCUACUUUCCGAGUGGAGACCUUUAACAUCACUGAACCUGGAAAUUUUACAGGAUAUUUUAUUCAGGGCUCACAGCGCUGGCAGUCUGUCAAGCUGGUCAAAGGCUCCGGGCUGACACUCGGAAACCCUGCUUUCAUUUCAAGCAUAGACACCACUCCGGUUGCUGCCCAGGAUGGAUACUUUGCUUCUAGCAAUUCCAUGUACACAGAUAUCUGGGCACUUGGACCGCGGACCAAUCAGAUGACGUGCUUCGCUCCUGGGACACAAACUGCAACAUGGGAUAUCACCGAAAAUGGAGCAUAUAUCCGCGGACAAAAGCCGGCAUCUACGGCUAAGAUAGUUAACCUGAGCAAUUACACAUUGACUUUUGAGGCUAUGAUAGACUAUGGCGGUACUGGAUGGCGUGUGGACACGGAGAUCGAUGCAAUCCAGGCCACCGGACCGAUAUUUGUUCUCACUAGUGAAUAUCCUGACGGAUCUUUCGCGAACAUUGACCGGUCACUAGCCCCCCCAAAUACCCUUGUACUGGGUCGCGGCUGGUCUCUGCAGAAUCAGACCAGUUUACCGGGUUAUGUUCUUGACAAAUUUCCCUUGAAAGUUAACGUUACAGAAAAGGUGUGGCAUAAAAUCGAAACAGUUUCGCACGGCGACGAUACAUACACAGUCUUCUUGAACCAUGAAGAGAUAGCACACUUCAACAUUAGUUCCUAUGGCAUUGGGGAUCCAAAUCCGUAUAUCCCUGGAGGAGCCAAUAAAGGCUUUGCCUUUGGACCAUGGCAGGACCAGGCAACGUAUAUUCGCAACGUUACCGUUACCAGUAACAAUGGUGAAGUUCUCUACACACAACCGAUGACAUCUGCAGACGCUUUAAUUGAGUACGGAGUGCAAACCAACACCGAUUAUGUUCAGUCGGACUCUGGAAAACGUGAUCGUUUCUCUUGGAUGGGCGAUCGACUAAUAUCAUCGCGCGCGACUUUAGUCUCGACAGCAGAUGGAAGAUGUGUAUGGGGUCCAACACAGCAAACUUUGAGUAGGCAAGCUACUUCAGGCCAAAUUCCGGCUAAUACGCUCUUCAGCCCCCUUGAUACUGUGGGCACCCUAAUCCGGACUAUUAAUGUUGAUCCUCUUGUAGCGGAUUAUGAAUUUGAUGUUCUUAUGACCAUAUACAACUAUUGGUUCAGAUCUGGAAACGACACUUUUCUUCGCAAUAACUGGAAUACUAUGACAGCAACUCUGAGCUAUGCUGUUACUAGAACACUAGAUGACGGAACCCAACUAUAUGGCGCACCUAAUGGUGCAAACGGGCUCCCUUUGUCAGGAGAGAAGGGCCAGGCAUUGGGCCCAGGUAAUACUGUAUCUUUGAUUCUCGGCCUCGAAAAGAUGGCUGAAAUGGCCGAACAUCUCAAUGAUAGUUUUGCUGCUGAUAAGUACCGUACCCAAGCCCAAUUAUCACGACAAGCAAUUGAUCAGCUUCUGUGGAACUCUACUGGUGGUUAUUACUCUGGCUCGCUAGACACCAGUGGCUAUGAUGCCAUGGAUAUAGCGCAAGUCUUGUUGGGUGAAAUUGGAACAGCAGCGCGCCGUAAACAGUUCCUCGGCAAAUUAGAUGCCCUGAAAUUACCAGCAGGUUAUUCGAAUGGUACACGUUUUGUGGGCACACCAGCUGUCGUCAACCCCUACUAUAUGAGCUUUCUUUUGGAGGGUUUGGCAAUGGCUAACGAAACGGCUCUUGCCCAAGGCCUUUUGGAUGAUACAUGGAGCCCCAUGGUGCGCAGAGAUGUCAACUUUACGGGAGCACUCUGGGAAUAUGUGAGUCCCAACGGGUCGUAUCCUGGCUUGGAUUUAUUCACUGGACAGAGUCAUUAUUGGGGAGGAUAUUCCACUGCUUUUUUGACAGAGUAUGCUCUGGGUAUCCGACCCAGCGCUGUAGGAUACAGUCAAUUCGUAUUUGCGCCAUUGCCAAGCUUCAACGUUGAAUGGGUCCAAGGACGAGUACCGACACCUCAUGGUCUUAUCUACGCUAACUGGGGUUACGGCUCAAACGGAAAGAUUAUUAUGGAUAUCAAGGCACCUCAGGGAACAAAGGCUACUAUUGUCCCUCCUUUUCCUGGAAAAUGGACUUGUCAAGGAAGAUCCGGACAAGGAGGCAAUGUUACCAUUACGGGAAAUGCACGGCUGUUUGAGGUAUAG